GCGGGUAAUAUCAACCAUCGCAAAGAUCACAAGUGGACAAACUAGACCAAAACCAGACAAAUUAAUACGUUUUCUUACUGUGCCAUGCGUAGUGGGAAGCAGAGCGACUUAAUUUUCCGAGGAGGUAUUUCGCGCAACACCGGGCCAGCAGAAUCACAGUAAAAACAGUCCACAAUGUCAGUCCCAUUUGGGAGCCGGCUACUGCCUGCUUGGAACCCAAUUAUGACCGCUGUCAGAUCCCGAACGAGAGCUCCAAAUCUUAAGAAACCAGCAAUACCCCACUGGACUCGUGCAGUCGUCCUCAAGCUAGUAGAGCCUAUCCAUAAGGACCCAAUGGAAGGAAUUCACCCUAGAGAGACAUGUCAAAAAAGGCAGAAAGCUCUUCAGAGUAAAACAGAGCAGGUCAACCCUUUUGAGCAAAUUCUUGCCAAAGAAUUUCUGGAGAAGAUAGAAAAUGCCAAGCUUGUUGCAAUAUUCCACGUGCUACCCAUGACAGAGGCAGAGUUAUUUGCAGCCAGAGUGCAGCUAAACAAGAUCAGCUUGCAAUACAUCAAGCACAACAACACGAUAAUGAGACUUGCCUUCACGGGCACCAAAUAUGAAGCGUUACUCAAGCUGUAUGAGUCCACCACAUGUACCUUUUAUGGCGAUGAACCUGCUGUGUCUAAGCUUCUGAAGCUUGAGAAAAAGAUAUCUGGCCUAGUUUUGCUGGGAGGUGUUGUUGAAGACAGAUUCAUGAGUGUGCAAGACAUGAAACAUUAUGCCAGCCUGCCCUCUCUGCACACUCUUCAGGCACAGCUAGUCAGCAUCCUUGGCACUCCAGCUCAGCACCUCUCACAGAAUCUCUCUGCAAACCAGGUUGAAUUAUCUUCCUCCCUGUCACGCUAUGCUACAGACAACAAACCUGAUGGUGAUGCAGAGUCCUCACCUACCACAGAGUCAGCACAGUGAUGUUGUUAAUAGACCAUAUUGGCUAUCAGUCCACCUCUUCGCCACUUGAGGACCCUUGUGUGCGCUCCAUGGCAAUGGUACUGUGUUUGGGCAUUUGACUCCAAAUAAUAACUUGUAUAGAACCAGGCUCACUAGGGUAAGUACCUCCUAGACACAUCACUGGAUGGACGAGUGUGGCACUGUGUGUAAAGCCAAUAUGCUCUAUUGAUGACUUGUACAGACAUGAUUCCUUACUCAUCAGUAAGUCGUGUAUAUUAUUGUAAGAUUUUUAAGUAUACAUUAUAAAUGAAAAAAUGUAAA